AUGGAGACGAUGCAGCAGGCAUCAGAGUCACGAUUUGCAGAGCUGUCCACAUCGAUGGAGAUGAUGCUGAAACAAAUGCAAGCUAUAGUCGUCACCUAUGGAAGCACGAACUCAGGGACUCAUUCAUCAUCGUCAGGGAAUGUUUAUACACCACCUCCUUUUCAUGUUCGCAACAUCAAGCUGGAGUUUCCAAGGUUUAAUGGUAAAAAUGUUUUAGAUUGGAUUUUCAAGGCUGAACAAUUUUUUGGCUAUUAUCAUACCCCAGAUCCGGAGAGAUUGAUUAUUGCUUCAGUUCAUCUUGAACACGAAGUUGUUCCGUGGUUCCAAAUGGUUACUAGAUCUCAACCAUUUCAAUCAUGGAACGAUUUUACAAGAGCUCUUGAAUUGGACUUUGGCCCCUCAAUUUAUGAUUGUCCGAGAGCAUCUUUGUUUAAAUUGCAACAAACAAAAGUUGUUAAUGAUUAUUAUCUGGAAUUUACUGCAUUAUCCAAUCGUGUUUAUGGAUUAAGUAAUGAUGCAUUAAUUGAUUGUUUUGUAAGUGGAUUGAAAGAGGAAAUCCGUAGAGAUGUUAUGUUGCAUUGUCCUAUUUCAAUUGUGAAAGUUGUGUCUAUUGCCAAGUUAUUUGAGGAAAAAUUGGCUGCUAAGAAUAUUGUGUUUGUUCCACAAAAAUCAUCUUACCACCAAAAUAGAACUCACUUCAAUCCAACCAGAAAUGACCAAACACAAGCUACCGAAAAAGCCCCCAACCCACCCUUACUUCCAACACCUCUUACUAGACCUAUGAGCCAACUCCAAAAGAAUCCUGCAAUCAAAAGGAUUUCUCCAACUGAGAUGCAGUUAAGAAGAGAGAAAGGUUUGUGUUACUUUUGCGAUGAUAAAUUCUCUUUCUCACAUAAGUGCCCAAACAAACAAUUGAUGUUAUUAGAGCUGCAUGAUGAUCCCGAUACCCUUAUUUCAACUAGCUCAGCAGCCAUAAAUCUUACAGCAGAUAAUGAAGAGAUGACAAAGCAUCAUUUAUCUCUUAAUGCUUUAGAUGGAGCUACAGGAAUGGGUGUUAUCAGAUUUAAAGGUUAUAUUGGUCCUAUUAGUGUUUCUAUCUUGCUUUAUGGAGGAAGUUCCGACAACUUUAUUCAGCCACGUAUUGUACACUGCUUAAAUCUAGCUGUGGAACCAACUAAAGGGUGCAAGGUCCUGGGGGGUAAUGGACAAAAUAUGAAGACUGAAGGUUUGGUCAAGAGCCUGUCUAUGAAGAUACAGGGCAUUGAGAUUACUGUGCCUGCAUAUCUCUUGCCGGUAGUAGGGGCUGAUGUCAUAUUAGGAGCACCAUGGUUGGCUUCAUUAGGACCGCAUGUAGCUGACUAUGCUACAUCUAUGUUAAAAUUUUAUUUAGAUGGGAAGUUUGUCACAUUUCAAGGUGAAGAGAGAAAUAAAUCGAUAGUAGCUCAGUUGAAUCUCUUCAAGAGAUUACACCAGAUGGAUGCAAUUAGUGAGUUGUUCCCUAUUCAAAAGAUCGAUCCAGCGGUUAUAGGGGACAAUUGGAAUGACAGAACAAUUAAUCUUCAACCUGAAAUGAGUACAUUGUUGCAUACAUACAAGGAGAUUUUUCAAAUACCUAAAGGAUUACCUCCCAAGAGAGAAUUGACUCAUGAGAUAUUAUUGAAAGAGGGAGCACAACCUGUGAAGGUAAGACCAUAUAGAUAUCCUCAUAGUCAGAAACAACAAAUUGAAAAACUGGUGCAGGGCAUGCUUGAAGAAGGCAUAAUCCAACCAAGUCUAAGUCCAUUUUCAUCUCCAAUUAUCUUAGUGAAAAAGAAAGAUGGCACUUGGAAAUGUUGUACGGAUUAUAGAGCUUUAAAUGCCAUAACUAUCAAGGACAGUUUUCCCAUGCCUAUUGUGGAUGAACUACUUGAUGAGUUACACGAAGCAAAGUUUUUUUCGAAACUUAAUCUUCGUUCGGGUUAUCACCAGAUUCUUCUCAAGCAAGAGGACAGGCAGAAAACGACUUUUAGAACUCACUAA